AUGAGCGAAUUCCACGAUGCUGUCUCAUCACUCCUGGAAGCUCUUGAAAAGGGGCUUUCGAUAAUCAAAGCACAAAAGAAAAGGCGUCCUAAGGAUCAAGCUUCUUCGAAGAAAACUCCCGAGGCCCACCUAAGCAGGUCGCUGAAAAAGAACCAUGCGGAGGUCAAAAAAAUAUACAGUCGAGAUCUAGCUCGUUUUGGAGCUGGUUUUGCUGCGGGUGAUGCAGAAGCCCAUUCAUCGAUAUCCAGGAUUCUUACUCGGCUGAGCACUGGUUUUUUGUCCAUCAUUGAAAGAUUCACAAAAGUUGGCAGUACGUCUUCCGAUUACCAGGUCCUGUUAAACCUAUCAAACACUACCCGGAAUGAAACAAUACAAACCUUUGAUCAAUUAUCGAAGCGUUUGUCAAGUUCAUCAUUGGCGUUGGCUCCAGGGAAGCAAUCCUCGGAUACCCGACAUAGUAGAAAUGGUCAUCGAUACAAGACGAAGAAAUCCACGGUUCAGCAUACUCGAACUAAAAAUUCUCCUGAUGUUUCUGUCACGCGGAAUGGGUGGGUCCGUCCCAAAUCCAACAAAAACCGCUCUUCAGACUCAAAAUCCCCCCGCACAACAGAAACCAAGCGCAAAGCAGCAGCCGUACCCCCCAAAGCACCCCUCCCCGCACCGCAGACUCUCUUGACCUACCCCUCCGGCCCCUAUCCCAUAUCACCACCUCAUCCUCCUCAUCUCUCACGUCGCGAGACCAGAAAAUCCAUCAUGUCCUUCGCGUCCGACAGUACGAAGCUAGGAGAGAUCCCCGAACACAAGUGGACUAGACCGCCUAUUGUGUACGAGACUGGCGGUUUCGAUGGGGCGGGAUUCCCUGUUACGACUUAUUAUCCGCUGCAGCCUUAUCAAGAGCCUGUGAAGCCGCGGUCGAGAUUUAUGCGGAUGUUUAGGAAAUAG